GCCGAACCGGCGGGGCUGCAGCUGGAGCUGGGAGAUGGAGCACCACUGAAGGGAAUUGAUGGGAGCAAUGCCCUGGUACUGCCAGCAAAGAAAGAGAAGAAAAAGAAAGCACCAAACGUUGUGCAACGGCAGAAGAAACCUCUCAGCAGGAAACAGAAGAAAAACUUACAGAGAGUUUUAGAACAGAAAGAAAAGAAAAAACAGCGCGCUGAGCUGCUGAGCAAGCUGAGCGAGGUGCAGGCUUCCCAGGCAGAAAUGAAGCUUCUGUACACCACCUCCAAGCUUGGCAUCGGGGGACGCAUGUAUCAGCCCAAAAGGGUAUUGCAGGAGCCAGGCACUGCUGUACCUGAGAAGAUCAGGAGCAUCAGCGGUGCAAAUAAGAGAAGACACAGCUCAGAUUCAGAAUCAGAGCCUGAGGGUGAAUCCAGUUGCUCUGAGGAGGAGAAGAAAGAGGAGAAACAAGAAAUUGAAAAGCUUUCAUCCACUAAUGUGAAUUGUGCUGGGAAGCCAGAGGAAGACACAAAGAAGCCCGUGGUGAGCCAGCAGGCUGCUCCUGCUGUGUCCAGCAAACCAUCGUGCAAGCCUGCGGUUUUUGUUCCAGUGGACAGAUCUCCUGAGAUUCAGGAAGCGAGACUAAAGCUGCCCAUUCUGGCUGAAGAGCAAGUCAUCAUGGAAGCCAUUAAUGAGAACCCCAUCGUCGUCAUAUGCGGAGAGACGGGCAGUGGUAAAACCACCCAGGUCCCCCAGUUUCUCUAUGAAGCUGGUUAUACCAGUUCAAAUGGCAUCAUUGGGAUCACCGAGCCCCGGCGUGUGGCUGCAGUGUCCAUGUCUCAGCGCGUCGCCAAGGAGAUGAAUUUGUCACACAGAGUGGUUUCGUAUCAAAUACGAUAUGAAGGAAAUGUCACAGAUGAGACACAAAUCAAGUUCAUGACAGAUGGUGUGCUGCUGAAAGAAGUGCAGAAGGAUUUUCUGCUUUUAAAGUACAAAGUGAUCAUUAUCGAUGAAGCCCACGAGAGAAGCAUGUACACAGAUAUCCUGAUAGGGCUCUUGUCUCGCAUCGUGCCUCUUCGGGAGAAGAAGGGGCUGCCGCUGAAGCUGAUCAUCAUGUCAGCCACCCUCCGUGUGGAAGAUUUCACUGAGAACACCAGGCUGUUUGCUGUCACACCUCCUGUUCUGCAGGUGGAUGCGAGGCAGUUCCCUGUCACUGUUCAUUUUAACAAGAAAACUCCCCUGGAUGACUACAGUGGGGAAUGCUUCCGAAAAGUGUGUAAAAUCCAUCGGAUGUUACCCUCAGGUGGGAUUUUGGUGUUCUUGACAGGCCAGGCAGAAGUUCACUCUCUCUGUAGGAGGCUGAGAAAGGCCUUUCCCUUCCAAAAAAACAGCACUGCAGGAGAUGACGAUGACAGAAAAGAAUCAGUGGAAGAAAUGCGAAAAUUUAAGAAAUCAAGAAGGCGGAGGAAAGCUGCGACACUUCCCCAAAUCAAUCUGGACAAUUACGCUGUUGUACCAGUGGAUGAAGGAGAUGAAGACAGAGAUGCUGAAACUGACGAUGAUAUUGCAGGAUCUGAUGUUGACCUCGACUUAGGAGAUGGAGACUCAGAAGAAGAAGAGAAAUCAGAUUCAUCCCUUCCUCUUUAUGUGCUCCCUCUCUAUUCUUUACUAGCACCGGAGAAACAAGCAAAGGUGUUCAGGCCUCCUCCUCCUGGCACGAGACUCUGUGUUGUAGCCACCAACGUGGCAGAGACGUCGCUCACCAUCCCAGGCAUCAAAUAUGUGGUUGACUGUGGAAAGGUGAAGAAGCGUUUCUAUGACAAAAUCACUGGGGUUUCAUCUUUCAGAGUCACCUGGAUAUCUCAAGCAUCAGCUAACCAGCGGGCAGGUCGUGCAGGCCGGACUGAACCAGGGCACUGCUACAGGUUGUAUUCUUCAGCUGUCUUCAUGGACUUUGAGAAAUUUUCUGCGCCAGAAAUAACAAAGCGACCUGUGGAAGACUUGAUCUUGCAAAUGAAGGCACUAAAUAUAGAAAAGGUAAUCAACUUUCCAUUCCCAACACCACCUCCAGCAGAAGCACUUGCAGCAGCUGAGGAGUUAUUGAUAGCCCUAGGUGCCCUGAAGGAGCCCCCUAUGACAGGAAGGCUGAAGGAACAGCAGGCAGCAAAGCUGAGCUGCCCUAUUAGUCCCCUGGGCAGAGUAAUGGCCACUUUUCCUGUUGCCCCUCGCUAUGCAAAGAUGCUGGCACUAAGCAGGCAGCAUGACUGCCUGCCUUACACCAUUACCAUUGUGUCUGCCAUGACUGUUCGGGAGCUUUUUGAAGAGUUUGACAGGCCAGCAGCAAGUGAAGAAGAGACAGUGAAGCUGAAGGGGAAGAAAGGAAGGCUUGUACAGAUGCAGAGAAUCUGGGCUGGGCAAGGGUCAUUGCAGAAGCUUGGAGACCUCAUGGUGAUGUUAGGAGCAGUGGGGGCCUGUGAGUACUCUGGAUGUACUCCUAAAUUCUGUGAAGAAAACGGGCUCCGCUACAAAGCCAUGCUGGAAAUCAGGCGAUUGAGAGGGCAGCUGACAACAGCAGUGAACUCAGUCUGCACUGAUGCUGGCCUCUAUGUUGACCCGAAGAUGAAGCCCCCAACAGAAGCACAAGCGACUUACUUGCGACAGAUCGUAUUGGCAGGGCUGGGGGACCACCUUGCUCGGAGGGUUCAGGCUGAAGAACUCCUGGAUGAUAAGUGGAAGAAUGCCUACAAGACUGCUCUUCUGGACGACCCAGUGUUUAUCCAUCCAAGCUCAGUCCUUUUCAAGCAGCUCCCAGACUUUGUGGUGUAUCAAGAAAUUGUUGAGACUACAAAACUGUACAUGAAAGGUGUGUCUGCAGUUGAACCUGAGUGGAUUCCUGCUCUGUUGCCAUCAUACUGCCACUUUGGGAAACCUCUGGAAAAUCCUCCUCCAUCAUACUGCCCUGAAACAGGCAGAAUUCGAUGUCACAGGCCAAGUGUCUUUUAUCGAGUUAGCUGGCAGCUCCCUGCUGUUGAGGUUGACUAUCCAGAAGGUAUCGAUCGCUAUAAAUACUUUGCCAGGUUCCUGCUUGAAGGAAAGGUCAUUGAGAAAUUGGGGUCUUACAGCCAGUGUCUGCUCUCCAGUCCUCUCAUAAUGCUGAAAACGUGGUCCAAGCUUCAGCCCAGGACAGAAUUCCUCCUGCAGGCUCUGGUUGCUGAAAAUUGCGAUAAUCGUGAUGCUUUGCUGGCUGCAUGGAAGAAAAACCCCAAGUAUCUGCUCGCGGCCUAUUGCCAGUGGAUCCCUGAGGUUAUGCAAGAGGACAUAGCCAAGCAGUGGCCACCAGUAGCACUGUGACACCCAGCUCUGUUCUUGGGGUGCUCCUUUUCUCCGAAGUGUUUUUGGAGCAUCGGUUUCCAUGAUCUGAUGAUCAGAGGGACUGCCUAGCUGCUAACAGUGCCUUUCUGUGGCUCUUAGCUCUGGUUUUCAGCCUGCUAUGCUCUCAGAAGCCCCAUCAGCUGUUUGGUGGGUGCUUUAUAAUGUUAAUAUUUGGAUAAUUUUAUCCACUGUAUUUUACCAGUUACGUUUUGCUUUGGACUAUAUUAGUCAUAGGGACUACAAUAAAUAUAUGUAAUUUUUGGUUUGGA